ACCCCAGCAAAACUGUUGUCUCGCUACCUAUGUACCUAGGUACCUAGUUUACCUACGGUACCUAUGGAUACAGACAGCGACGCGCCACCGUGAUACCGCGCGCCACCACACCGCGCCACCUCACCAACAUCACCACAGGAAAACAUCGCAUCGCGCCGGAGACAACCAGGACCACGGCCUCGUGUUCAGGCGACAGGGCUUCGUCAUGUCACCCAGUCCGGGCUCGGGAGCUUGGGGGGUCGGGAGGUUCACAGUAGGGAGGCGGUUUGCUAUGGCGCCUAGCAAAGGGGGAUUCUCACCCUUACCCGGUCAUGCUCCUGGCCUCGGACCGAACUACAGCUACGUAUCGUAGUUGGGGAGGGAAGAAAAGGCGUAAACGCGGCUCUUCUCGUGCUAGAUAAAGUGAAGCCGACAUUGUUCAGUCUAACUACCUGGGCGUGAUAACAACUGCCCAGCCCCAGAACGAGCGAGGGCUUGCGAGAUGGAGGGAAUCGAGAAUGCAAAAACCCAAGCAUAGGGGACAACAGGGAGAUGGCGUCUGGUUGCCCAGUCCGCUCGCUUCUCUUCCGCAAAAGACAUAAUAGAUCAGGUGUUCUAUCUCCCGGUUGCCUAAUGUUAUGGUAGCCCAGUUCGGCAACUGUCGAGUGCCUGUGUCUAGGUAGUCUACGAAGCGAGCAGAUGGCAGCUGGCAUGAUCCUCUCUCCGUGAGCGGUUGGCGGCAAUGACCACCGGAGACCGGUCACCGGCGACUACCACGGGAGAGAGACCGGGUAGAAGAAGAGAAGGUCCAACGAGGCCGGUUUCCAGCCUUCUUGAUGACUUCGCCGCCUUCCUUCUGGAUAGCCGACUCUUCUUCUUCUCUCUCUCUCUCUAUUCAUCCUCCCGUAGCUCCUCGUCGCUCACCAGCCUGCACACAGCGUUCGUUCGACAACACCAUAGUGUGGUUUUUGGAGCCUUCCUUCUUUUUAUACCUCUAAAAGUUGGCCCGGUACACACUGUGCUCACAGUACAGCUCCUAUUGUAUUCUUGUACCGGCCGCACCGCAAGCGUUGUCGAGGAGACCGACGCCUAUGGCAAUACCCAUCGACCGUCUGGACCAGUCACCCGAUCGAAAGGACAUCGGAUGCAACAAGCAGAUACAAGGGGACAAUAUAUUCACUUGACCCGUCCCUCGGCUUCUCAAUCUAGGUACUAUCAGCGUCCCCGGGGAAACCCAGAUAUAAAAAAAGUCACCAUCCUGAGCCCCUUCCACGGCUUCGUCUUCCGAGCUUCUCCAUCCCAUUCCAUCUCUCUCAUCCCCAGCGAAUCCUCGACCACCCCUCUCCCUCCGCAGACCCAUCAACGCCCAUCUCGACUGCGUCUAUAAGGGUGUAGGCACCCCCAUCAGCAUUAGAGGUGGGUGCGGAGCUCUGCUCUGCUUUCUACAUCUCUAAUUAUACGCCGUCUUCUAACCAUCCUCCACCUACGCCUACAGGCUCCAUCCGGUUCAUAGCUGUCCGGGGUGUAGCGUAGAGCGACUAUCUCUUCCCCCGAGUUGAUGUUCUUGCAGCAAAUCUGAUUAGAUCCUUUUCUGAAGACACCAGCUUUCCAGUCUGCCCCCAGUCCCUCUUUAGCAGCCGCUUAUCGCCUUAACCACGCACCUUGUCGACAUUCCGGGACAAGCCACUGACCUCCGAGAGUAUCGUUCCUCCUCCGUAUCACGUUCCGUCGAAACACCCAGCACCUCCUUUCAACAGCAGGUGGACGGAGCAGAAUAGAUACUCCUGAGACAAUUUGCCUACGCAAAACAACUUGACUUCCGGUCUCUG